AUGGCGAGUCCCAUUUCUGUUGCAAGGAUAGAUUGGGCACGAAAGUUAGAUGAUACUCUAUGCACACAUCAGACAGCUUUCAAGACGUCUAUUAGUACGUCUCCAUAUCAAUUGGUGUUUGGAAAGGUAUGCCAUUUGCCGGUUGAGCUUGAACAUAAAGCACUCUGGGCUGUAAAGAAGCUGAAUCACAGUUGGACCGAAACAGAAAACUUGAGACUGGAUCAGAUUAAUGAGAUGGAUGAGUUUCGUUUGAGAGCUUAUGAGAGUUCUGCAUUGUACAAGGAGAGGAUGAAGUUGUAUCAUGAUAAGCAUAUUGAAAAGAAAACCUUCACUCCUGGUGACUUGGUGUUACUUUUCAACUCCAGACUUCGUCUGUUUUCGGGAAAAUUGAGAUCCAAAUGGUCUGGACCUUUUAAGGUUACUCCGGUGUUCCAGUCGGGUGCUAUUGAGCUUGAAAAUGACAAGGGUGAGAGGCUCAAAUCCAAUGGUCACUGA